GGUCAAGCUGGACGUGGAAAAAUUCACUGGAAAGGAGGAUCCAAACGUCCACCUUGACACCUUCCACAAUGCAGCACAGAUGGCCGGGUGCACUGAUGCUGAGGAAUGCCUGCUCUUCUUCUCAUCCUUGAGAGGGAGGCAGUGGAAUGGUUUAAAGGCCUUCCCCAUGGCAGGAUUGAGUCCUUUGAGAAACUUGCUGAAGUUUUCCGCAAGAAGUACCAGGACAACUGCAUCAAGAGAAAGAAAUUUACCUACCUUAACACGGUAGGGCAGAGGGAGAAGGAGACCUUGACUCAAUUCUUAACCCGCUGGAGGGAUGAGGUUGACAAGGUAGAAGAGAUGGACGAUAAGACGGCCAUGUCUUUGUUGAUGAAUGCCUUCCAGUCAGGUGACCUCUACACUGAAUUCUGUAGGAGGCCGCCCUCCUCUUAUCAGGAAGCCUACAAUACGGCAUGGGAAUAUGCCGAGGCAGAAGUGCUGAACAAGAAUAAGCGGGAGCUGGAAGAAGGCUACACAAAGUUGAAAUCCGACAAGCUAAAGAAAGAUGAGCAGACAGGAGGGUCCAAACUAAAGGCCACAUAUGACGGAUCCAUCCACCAAAUAAGGGAUGAUAAGAAGGGAGAGCAACCCAAGAGACAAUGGACGGAGAACUGGUGCACAUACCACCAAUCCGAUUCCCACAACACGGCGGAUUGCCGAAAUGUCAAGGCUGUGCUCAAGGAGAUGGCCUUGAAAGGAGAGCUUGGGGAAGGUUACGCGACGGGUAAUAAGAAGGACCCGAAAGCGAACACCUGGACCCGUCAUCAGGGAAAAGACCAGGGAAGGAGAAAAUCCGGGAAGGAUAACAACAAUUCGGAUAAAGAAUUCAUAGAGAUGAUUGUCGGCGGCCCAGAAGGCGGGGACACUGCCUCCCAGCGAAAGAACUAGGCCAGGAGUUUGCACGUGGCGGUGGUUUCCCUGGAGUCACAUGGGAAGCAGGCAAGGAGGGAACCUAUCACUUUCACUGAUAGGGAUCUGCCCAGGACGGGGGGAGAUCAUAAUGACCCUCCGGUCAUUACAAUGGAUAUCAAUGGAGCUGAUGCGGCCAGGGUCCUGGUUGACACAGGAAGCAGUGUCAAUGUUUUAUACUUAGAUGCUUUCAAGAAAUUGAAGCUUGACAGGUCCAUGUUGAGGCCAUUGUAAACUCCGUUGUCAGGCUUCACUGGAGCUAGCAUAGAAGCGGAAGGUCAGAUAACCUUACCGGUUACCUUGGGGUCAGGUAACAGGACAGUGACCAAACAAAUGAGAUUUGUUGU